AUGUCGAACAAGCCGUUGUCGGCGCGCACGAGAAAGUUCCUGGCCAACAUACCCGUCGUCGCCAGUAUAUUCUUCGCAGUACUUGUCAUUGUUGAAUGGAGUACGGAAAGAUUCGACCGCCCACCGCCCUCAGGUCCUCCGGUGCACGGAUUUAUUCUACCGGACAAAGUUGCAAAGCUGCUGGGACCCUACUCGCCAUGGUAUCCUGUAGAAUUCUACGUCAGGCCUCCUCCAGCUUGUAAUAUCACCCAGGUUAACAUUCUUCAUCGUCAUGGUGCGCGGUAUCCUACCAAAGGCCAAACGGAAAGGAUACAGAGAGCGCUUAGUCGUAUCAACCCACCAUCAAAGAAGAAUGCACACAGUGUCCUCGGCUUCACGAGGACGUACAAAUAUCAACUAAAGACAGACGAGUUGCUCUGGUUCGGAGCCACCGAAGCGUUUGCGUCUGUUGUUGCCUCAUAUAAUCGGUAUUCCGACUUGGCACAUGUCGCUCCGCCAUUCCUUCGCGCAGGGGACUCUUCCAGAGUAGUUCAAACCGGGUUAAACUGGGCAAGAGGAUUUGAAACGGCUAGCCGUAUUCGACUCAAGAAGCCGCUCAUCAUAUCGGAAACACCAGGGCAAAACAAUACUCUUCAUGGUGGACAAUCGUGUCCAGCACAUGAUGAUGAGCCAGCGAAUAGAGCCCAAGCUGCAUGGCUCUCACACUUUGCACCAAAUAUCACGGCGCGUCUCAACGCAGCGGCUCCUGGUUCGACGCUGCAGGACGAAGAUAUCCCAAUGCUUAUGAGCCUGUGCUCAUUUGAAAGCUUGUACCAUUACAGUACAAGUCCGUGGUGCCAUGUGUUCCACAGUUCCGAUGAGGGUACGGACGAAUGGGCCGCGUAUGAAUACUGGGGAGAUUUAGAGAAAUUCUACAACACUGGACCUGGCAACGCGCUUGGACGCGUACAAGGAAUCGGUUGGGUCAAUGAGCUGAUCGCUCGCCUGACCGACAGCCCGGUCAAUGACACCACCACGGUCAAUCACACAUUAGACUCGAAUCCGGAAACCUUCCCACUCUCGCCAAAUGUUACGAUGUAUGCCGACUUUUCCCACGACAACGAGAUGAAUGCCAUCUUUGCGACACUCGGACUUCUACGCAUGGUAGAGGCUCGACGCUCUGGGAAGAAUCUAUUGCCCCAAUCAUUGCCACUCGAUUAUCAUGUCGAAACUGAACAGGUGGCUAUCAAUGCAGAGAGUCUGUCCAUCUCCAAAGAGUCGGACGCUAUUCGAGUCAAGGAAAUGGAUCCGGAAAAGCCGGAUCCGAACCGCAAAUGGGUUGCCUCGCGACUUGUACCCUUUGCGGCGCGAUUGGUCGUUGAGCGGUUGGAGUGUCCCAAUCCCAACACCACUAUGGAGAAGAAGAGUCCAAGUAUCAAGGCUAUGAGGAUGCUUCUAAACGAUGCCGUCGUCCAUGUACCCGGCUGCCAGGAGAGCGAGAAAAUCUUGGGCAACGGCGUAUGUGAUCUAGACAAGUUUGUAGAGACGCAGGCGUACGCUCGGAAUGGUGGAGUGGGAGAGUGGGAAAGGUGCCGAACAAACGAGUAG